AAAUAUCCCCACACCUUUUGGGGCUUCCACGCAACAACACUUCUUCACUUUAUUACAAUAAACACACACACCCCUAAUUGAAUUCAAUCAAAUUGAAAUAAUCUGAAUCCACAAACCAAAAAGAAAUCCGAUCUAGGGUUCCACCAUGCCGAAGAACAAGGGAAAGGGAGGCAAGAACCGCAAGCGAGGCAAGAACGAGGCCGACGACGAGAAGCGCGAGCUCGUCUUCAAAGAAGACGGCCAGGAAUACGCUCAAGUCAUGCGUAUGCUCGGUAACGGCCGCUGCGAAGCCAUGUGCAUCGACGGCACCAAGCGUCUCUGUCAUAUUCGCGGCAAGAUGCACAAGAAGGUCUGGAUCGCCGCCGGCGAUAUUAUUCUCGUCGGAUUGCGUGAUUAUCAGGACGAUAAGGCCGAUGUGAUUCUCAAGUAUAUGCCGGAUGAGGCGAGGUUGUUGAAGGCUUACGGUGAGUUGCCGGAGAAUACCAGGCUUAAUGAAGGUAUUACUGGGGGACUUGAUGAGGAGGAUGAGAAUGCUGCUGAUGAUUACAUCGAGUUUGAGGACGAAGAUAUUGAUAAAAUCUAGAUUUUCGUUUAUUUAUGCUGUUUGUGUAAUGUGUUUAUCUAUUAUAUCGUGAUGAAUCGAAUAAAUCGGAGACCUAAUUUAUCUAUGGAAUUAUGGUUUGAAGCCAGUUUUCAGUC